CAAAUGACUGAAAGCGCAAGGGCAUUUCGUUAAUUUCAAUAGUAACAACGUACCGAUUACCUAAACGUCACAACUACGAAAUAUACACACACAACUUUGCAACCAAAACCCUUUAAAUAUUUCAAAACACACCUUUGUCUUUCCGACGUCGAUCUGAAAAUUUCGGUUAAUUAAUUUUUUUUAAGAUGAUGCACAUGACACUAUAUUGGGGAAAAAACGUGACACUCUUAUUCGAUUCGUGGAAAACCGAUUCAUGGACGAGUUAUGUAUUGAGUUUAAUCGCGUGUUUCGUGAUUGCAACUUUCUACCAAUAUCUGGAGAAUAUUCGGAUUCGGCUGAAGUUUUUCUCCGGUGAGAGAUCGCCGUCUCCGGUGCCGGAGAUUCAGAUUCCUCUUCUGCGGUUGAAUAAGGUUUCGAGAAAUAAGGUUGCGGAAUCGGUUCUGUUUGGUGUGAAUUCAGCGAUUGGGUAUUUGUUGAUGUUGGCUAUAAUGUCGUUUAAUGGAGGGGUUUUUGUGGCUAUUGUAGUUGGUUUAACGGUUGGUUAUUUCUUCUUUAGGAGUCAGGGUGAAGAAGAUGCUGCUCUUGUUGUUGAUAAUUCUUGUGCAUGCGCUUAGUUAGUGUUUUUCUGCUUGAAAUUCAUUUUCUGUAAUGGUUCUUGUGAAUUAGUUUUAUCUUUUUUUUUAAUGUGACUUUUCUGAUGUGUGAUUCUAUUCUGUAUCAUCAAAAUGAAAUACUAAGCAUAUAAACUUUUGGAUAUGAUGAAUUAAAGUAGUAGCAAUUGCCUUUAUUUUUC